AUGCUCCCGUCCCGCGCACCGGCGACGCUGCGUUCAACAGCUCCCCUCACGGCCUGCAGGAUCCCGCGGCGGCCAUUGUCCUUGACUCCAUGGCGGCAACAACACCGACACCAGAGAAAUGGAAACGGCCACGAUGAGGCCGAGGCUCCGGAUGCGCAGCUCGGCAAGAGGACGCGCCCGCAGCUAGACGUCUCUGAACCAGCUGUCCGCGACGCCUUCUCACAAGACGACGCCGUGUCUUUGACGCAGCCCUCGGCCCUGGGCCAAGCUCUGGCAGACCUUGCCAAGAAGGACGACGACGGCGACUCCAAGGACCCGCGCACCAUGCUCAUCCUCCACGGCCUGAGCCCCAACCUCAAGCCAAGCGACUUCUACCGCCUCGGCUCCGACUGCGACUCGAGCUGGCAGCGCGUCAUCAGAAAAGUCCAGCAACAGCGCGACCGCCACACCCUCGAGCCCCUCGGCUGCUACCACGUCUCCUUCGCCUCGGCCGCCCCCGCCGUCGCCUACUGCGACACGAUCCUCCGCCUGCACCGCCUGAGCCGCCACAAGCUGCUGUCGCCCACGGGCCUGUGGGAGAGCUGCGUCCCGCCUUUUCUCCGCUCCCCCGCCGGCGCCCAUCCGGCAGCCGAGCUUGCCGGCUUCACCCUCGUCCCCGCCUCCCGGCCCGCCUUCACUGUCGAGCGCAAGCGCGUCCAGACGAAGAAGUCUUGGUCCGCCCAGCUCCUCGCCCGCCUCGCCCCCCUUGCCGCCCCCAGUCACAGGCCCCCCGCCGUUUUGCUGCACGUCUACCCGCCCACCCUCGACGCCCGCGUCCUCUCCCGCUUCAUAGACGUCGACGGCGCUGCGAGGGGGUGCCCGUGGCGCGUCUCCAAGCUCCAACACCUCGAGGCAGCCCACGACGAGUCCGCCUCGCUCGUGCCGCGCAGAACCUCGCCCGGCGCCACGCUCGAAAAGCAGAAGAGCCGCGGCUCUGGAACCAGCAAACAUUGA